AUGUCCACCACCACCACCACCACAAACACCACUACCAACAACACACUCUCCAUCCUCGCUGAUUACGAACUCCACCACAGCGGCUCAGAGUCCACUUCCAGCCAAAACUCUCACUCCUCAUCUGCAUCCUCAUCACAGCCUGCGAACUGGCCCACGAACCAUCGCCGCGUGCCCCCUCACAGACCCGUGAACCGCAACCUCGAUCGAGUAGAGCGAGCGGCGGGGUCGAAUGUGCCCGAGUAUAUCUUUAUUCAGUCGAUGUUGCAUGGGGUUUGGUUGAAUGCGAUGGGAGUGCAGUAA